GUGACAUUUGCCUCCCCGAAAGCAGUAGUUACCGUGUCAUCCCGUCGAAUUCGGCCCGGCAACGACGGCCUUCAUCCUUCUCGAGAGACUUCACAUCUCCGAAGAAGUACUCUCGGUUCAACAAACAACCUAGUCCCAACGAAAGCAACAAGCCCCAAACCCAAAUACUACUCCCGGAACCGCUCAUCAGAAAAACCUAUAAAGUUGCCCGAGAUUCCCGUGGGACCUCCACCAUCCCUCCAGCAUCUAUCCUCAUCUGCAUUACCAAGCAAACCAAUUCCUAUCGCAAUCAGCCUUCCCCCUUCAAAAGAAAAAAGAAAAAAGAUAUACUACAAUGCACAUCUCCAACCAUCUCCUAACCGCCUUAGCCCUCGCGGCAGGCACCGCCCACGCCGCCACCCAAUUCAGCAACACCACCACCGUGAGCGUGCCAGUGGUGGUCGAGACCGAACCCCCCGUCACCGUGCCGGCCAGCACCGUGCCCGGCAUCGUCCAGACCGGCAUUCCAGCCUCAACCACGGAACAACAAACACCACCUGCCAGUAUCCCCCUCAGCACCGGCGGCACCGAAAAUACCACCCCAGCCAUCAUCCCCACCGUCACCCCGCCUUUCCCUAUACCCGCCAACUCCAGCAUCCCCAGCAUCGCGACGAGCAGCGUCCCCGUCAUCCCCCUGACGACUGCCGCGCCGCCGCCCGCUUCAUCCCAUCCAGCCACCCCUAGCUCCUCUGCCCCGCACUUUGCUAACUCCACGAUUCCGAAGUCCACCUCGGGAUCGCACGGCGGCGGUAGCGGCGGUAGCGGCGGUGGUAGCGGCGGUGGUAGCGGUGGGAACGGGGGCGGUGCGGUGCCCACUGGCCCCAGCUCGACGGGCACGGUGACUACCUCCGGCGCGAGCACGACAAAGAAGAUCGUCUCGGCGUUGUCGUUGGUAGGGGGGAUGGUGGUUGGGGUGUUUGUUUUGGCUUGAGGUUAGGGUGGGGUUUAGCUUGGCUUUGCCUGAGCUUGAUCUGG